UUGCAGGUGAUGUUGGGAAUUAUUACUAUGGACAAGGACAUCCCAUGAAACCGCAUAGAAUACGUAUGACACAUAAUCUCAUACUCAACUAUGGACUCUACAGAAAGAUGGAAAUCUAUAGACCACACAAAGCUGUGAUGGAGGAGAUGACAAAAUACCACAGUGAUGACUAUGUCAAAUUCUUGAGAACCAUUCGACCUGAUAACAUGUCGGAAUACACUAAACAAAUGCAAAGAUUCAAUGUAGGUGAAGAUUGUCCUGUAUUUGAUGGUCUAUAUGAGUUCUGUCAGCUGUCAUCCGGUGGUUCAGUAGCGGGUGCUGUGAAGCUCAACAAACAACAGACAGACAUUGCAAUCAACUGGGCUGGGGGUCUUCAUCAUGCAAAAAAAUCAGAAGCAUCAGGAUUCUGCUAUGUUAAUGACAUCGUCCUAGCAAUCCUUGAAUUACUCAAAUACCAUCAGAGAGUUUUGUACAUAGACAUUGAUAUUCACCAUGGCGAUGGAGUAGAAGAAGCCUUCUAUACGACAGACCGUGUUAUGACCGUGUCCUUUCACAAGUAUGGUGAAUACUUCCCUGGUACAGGAGACCUUAGGGAUAUUGGAGCAGGGAAAGGGAAGUACUAUGCAGUCAACUUUCCUCUCAGAGAUGGCAUCGAUGAUGAAUCUUAUGACAAGAUUUUCAAACCAAUCAUGUCUAAAGUAAUGGAGAUGUACCAACCCAGUGCUAUAUGCCUUCAGUGUGGAGCAGAUUCAUUAUCAGGAGACAGGCUUGGAUGCUUCAAUCUAACACUCAAAGGUCAUGCUAAGUGUGUUGAAUUCAUGAAGCAGUAUAACCUACCCCUAUUGCUCAUGGGUGGGGGUGGUUACACGAUACGAAACGUUGCAAGAUGCUGGACAUACGAGACCUCCACAGCCUUGGGAGUUGAGAUUGCUAACGAAUUGCCAUACAAUGAUUACUUUGAAUAUUUUGGACCAGACUUCAAACUUCACAUUAGUCCUUCUAACAUGACCAAUCAGAAUACAGGAGAAUACCUCGAUAAAAUCAAGACUCGCCUAUAUGAGAACAUGCGUAUGAUCCCCCAUGCACCGGGUGUUCAGAUGCAACCCAUCCCAGAGGAUGCCAUCCCUGACGAUAGCGACGCUGAAGACGAGGCAGAGAACCCAGACAAACGCAUCUCAAUCAUGGCUCAAGAUAAACGUAUCUCUCGUGAUGAUGAGUUCUCUGACAGUGAAGAUGAGGGUGAGGGCGGUAGACGUGAUCAUAGAUCACACAAAGCUAAGAGAUCCAAGAUGGAAGAGGGACCAGGCAAGGAGGUUGAUAAAGAAUCAAAGUCAAGUGAUACAACAAAGGAACUGAAACCUGCUGAUCAACAAGCCAUUCCAAUGGAUACAACUCCAGCACCUCAAGCCAAGAAAAGUGAUGACAAACCAGAAGCCAGCAAACCUUCAGAGGGCAAGGCUAAGCCACCUGAGAAAGAACAAGGUGAAGCUUCUCCUGCUGAUCAGAGUGUCCCAGCCCCCAAGGUGACCGCCCCCACCGAAGGAACCACCCCUGCCGUUGGUAACCUCUCAUCAGGCCCCGCCCAGCCUGUUGCAGCCCCGACAGUCACCCCUGCGACAGAGAAACAAGAUUGAUGACAGGAUACAGUCAAUGAACUCUAAAAAAACACCCACCAAUCUUGUUUCGUAUGGACUAAAAGGAACCAUAUUUGUCAAGGAAAGGAAAGCCAUUCAUCCCUGUGUAAAUACCAGACCUUUGAUACAUCCUCAAGCAUAUUUACAAUCAGGGCACAGUUUCAUGAAGCUAGUCUUCACUCACGGUGUAUCAUUAUCCACAGUUAUCAUAAGAACAGUCAGAGAGUAGUGUUUCUCAACCAAUCAUGAAAAGUACUCAGGACACCAUUGCAGAGAAUGUUUUAAUUAAACACAUCUCAAAAGAAAAUUCAAUGCAAAUUGAUAUUGAAGGAAGUAUUUUAGACUUGCAUUUGAUUUUUGUUCUUAGGUGCUCUAAUAAAAGCCUGAAUUUAAGCUUUAUCAACGUAAAUACAUUCUUCAUGGAAAAUAUUUCUUGGAUUGAUGCUGUAAAUGUUUUUCUCAGAAGUUAUUACACUUUUGGAUUGAAUAAAUAACUAAUAUUGAUUACAUCAUCAUGACAUGUUUACAAUGAAGGCUGUUAAUUCCACAAUUUUGACAUAAAUGGUCUACAUGUAAAACUGUCAGGGUUUUUUAAGCAGUGUGGUAUGUUACACAAUCUUAUUGCCGAAAAUACUGCAGUUUAUGUUGAAUAUGGGGUGUUCCUGUAACUACACAUGUCUAUGGUGGGGAAUAGAAGUACUGUAGUGUUUUCCACAAAUUAUGUCUUUUCAGACCUCAAAAUACUUGUUUAAUAUCUCUGUCAAUGACUCAAUUGCAAAUGUGACAAUCCUUAGAUUGCAAGAAUAAAUUGGUACGAGCUUUUAAGUGACCUUGGAAAGAGAAUGGAUAUAAGUACCAAAAUGAAUGUCUAAGGCCUGUAACAUAAAGCAUAUUGAUUGGGGGAUUUCAAGUUCAGUGUUGACCAUUUGGUGUUGGCGUUAGGUCAAUGUUUACACGAUUAUAACACCAAACAUAAAAGGAAGAUGGUCCAGAAAAGUCACUCACUAGUUGUUGAGGUGUCAAUAAUGUGAUCUGGUUCAGUUUUACAAACUCAGAAUAGGGUUCGGAGCUAGGGGAAGCAUUCUAAUUUGUGCUUCCAACACCCAACCCCAACACCGGACUUGAAAUCACCCAUUGUUCCUGGAGCUUUUUACAAUUGAUUAUACACAAUAAUCAAUCAUAGAAUUCAGCCCCACGAUCAAUUGCUAAGUUUUAUGUCACAGGGCCAUAGAGGCUCUUUAAUCUCUCUAUUUUAAAUAUAUGAUUAGACCUGGUAGGCCUAUAGAAUGCAAAUUUUAUAGAAUUAACAUUUACGUAGAAAUUGUCUACAAGUUAGGAAAUUCAUGAGAGUUUUGUGUUUUUAAUUUUCAUUCGCAUGGAAGUGGAAUUGUCUGCCGUAUCAGGGAGUUGUAUUGUUCAGUUUUCUUGCUAAAUUCUUGAAAAUAACAGCACACAUACAGUGCGUCUGAACCUUUCUACAAAAAAGCUCUCACAACACAAACCAUUCCUGAAUUCUUUCACCCUUGUAAAUAAUAAACCUUGGAAUGAUUGAUUGAUGUAGUAAAUUAUGCUAAAAACAUGUCUGUUGAAAGAUAGCAACAUACAUUUUUCUAAUAAUGAUUAUUUGGGUUUUUUAUAUGGUGCAUGUACAAGUAGAGAAUCAGUGAGGUAUGAGUAUUAGUACUUCAUUUUGUUUGUAAUAUUAUUAUACCUCUUGUAUAGACACUUGUGUAUAUUUUUUUGCGCUCUCCCCCCUCCGUUCCCUCCACCUCUGUCUCAAAGAUGGAAAUCUUCUUUUGAUGUGCAAAAUGCUUCACAUAUAAUUACACAAAAAAGGAAUUCCUAUGUACAGUGGUGCUCAAAAAGUUAGUGAAUCCCAUCAGAAAAAUGAACAAAUUUAAUGUGCAAAUGUUCUGCCAUGUUUUAGAUAUUUAUUUGUAAAGUCAGGUGAUAACAAUAUUAUAACAUUCAAUCAAGUUUGUUUCUCUGGGCUUGCUGAUCAUUGUAGUGUUGUCUACAUUCAACACUCGGCAUAAAGGAGUGCAUUUUGUGGUGGGGUUCACUUACUUUUGAACAAACGUGUAAUUAUACACAAAAAUUGUAAAGGUAGGUUUUCUUCUCAAAGUAUGAAUAUUGCAAGCUCCUCUACUGUUUAGACACACCUGUAAAAUAGUGGCUCGGGUUUUAUUUGGUCCAAUCUAGUAACUAUGAUACAUUUUCAUACAUGUGUGUAAUAACAAAGAAUAUUGAAAAAAUUAUACUUCUCAUCCAACAUGAAGCCAUGAAAGCCUUUCAAACAUAAUUCCAGGGGCCCGUUGCAGAAAGUGUUGCGAUCAAAAGCAACUCUAAAAAUCUUGUGCAACUUGAUUUUCAGUCAAUGAAGCGCCCGUAUUCAGGACUUGCGCUUGAUAUUUUGAAUUGCGUUUAAACGCAACUCUUUCUGCAACAGGCCCCAGACCUCUUCAAGAAAAAUUGCUUUUAUUUAAUUUGUCAUAAACACUUUUCUACCCUGUAUUCUAAUGUGUACAAAACUUCUUUUUUCUAUUCAGAUUUUGAGCAUUUUUUGUACAUUCAUAUUUCCUGUAUUAUUUUGUGUUUAGUAUGUGGUCUUUGUUUUGUUUUGACACUGUAUAUUUUACAUGAUCUCAAAAAAGGACGAAUAAAUAGGGAGAACAAGGUCUUAUUCUCUGAAAUAGA